UACAAAAGAAAUUUGUAAUUUUCAUUCAAUAUCCUAAAAAUAUUUCUAAUUCUGUAACAAAGUAGAAAGUCUGUAGAACGGAAAAUUUACAUAAAAUUUCUCGAUAUUAUGAAUUUUUAACGAGAUAUCUUAAGAAAAUAUCCAAUAGAUUUUUUUCCCUCUCUUGUUAUAUGUAUGUAUAUGUGUAUAUAUAUAUUGUACUGCUAAUGCGUACAUCACGUACUGUACUAACAUUACAGGUUGCGCGCGAUGCCACGCAGUAUCUAAUAAUACAGCCCGUCGCGUGAGUGCCUAAGGAAGACGGUUCAUAUUACUAAUGCCUGCUUGCCAAUGCUAGUUACGGGUCGACAAUCGCUAACUUGAAGGAAGUAAUCUGGAGAUAUGACGUCCACCGCGAAGUACAAGGUUACGCAUUCGAAGAAGCUUGGAAGGUAUCUCGUAUCAGCUAAAAACAUAACGCCGGGGGAAGUUAUAAUUCGAGAGGAACCGAUCGCGGUCGGUCCCAUGAUGUACAAGGAUUGUUUCUGCUUUGCUUGUAUGCGCACAUUACCAAAAAUUGUCAAAGGGAGACAGUAUGCUUGUUCCAGAUGUAACUUUGCACCGCUGUGCAGCGUAGCAUGCGAGGCACGAAUAAAGCAUCACACGAAUGAAGAAUGCCAAAUAUUUAGAGAUAAUCGAGAUCUAUUGACGGAAAACGGAAUUGAUGCGGCGGGAAUUUUACUGGCCUUGCGACUAUGGCUAAUAAAACACAAGGAUCCAACUGUGUGGGAGAAAAUAGAUCGUAUGGAGGCACAUUUGGAUAAAAGGAUUGGCACAUCCAUUUGGAGGGACAGAGAAGUCAAUAUCGUAGAUGUAAUUCGAAGGUUUCGCAUGCCCGCUGAGAUCGAGCCACCGAGCGCGGAAUUAAUGCACAAAUUGUGCGGCAUUUUGGAUGUGAAUGCCUUCGAGUUGCGAUCACCUGGUGCUGUUGACGGUCUUCUUCUACGAGGUUUAUACAUCGAGGCGACCCUGAUGGCUCAUGACUGCAGAGGCAACACUCACCUCACCGUGGACGACAAUUUCCAACUGACCAUUUAUGCGAGCGUAGCGAUUAAACAGGACGAACCUAUCCUAUUUAAUUAUACCUCGUCGUUGCUGGGUACAGCUGACAGAAAAGAGCAUCUUCGAGAGGGAAAGUAUUUCGAAUGCGAGUGCUCUCUAUGUACAGAUCCAUACGAAUUGCAGUCGCAUUUAAGUAGCGUGCUAUGUCCGCGUUGUAAAAAAGGAUUCAUAGGUAUGCAAGAUACCUCCAUCGUCGAUCCAUACGAGCGAAGUCGAUGGCAAUGUCAGAUGUGCAAGAGGACCUACGGCGGUCAUCUUAUCAGAGCUACGUUGAACAUAUGCAGAACACUUAUCGACGAAUGCGAGGACGUUGACAUAAAAAGGAUAGACAACUUACUUAGGAAAUUGUCCCAAUCUUUGCAUACCAAUCAUUUCCUAAUGUUGUCUUUAAAGCAGAAAUUGUUAACAGCCUGCAGAAAAGAAAUAACAUCUCCUAAUCCUCAGAAAAAGAUUGUUCAAAAAAUGUUGGAUACGUGUAAGGAAGUCUAUAAUGUCUUAGACAUAGUAGAGCCGGGCAUAUCACGUUUAAAAGGCAUAAUGUUAUACGAGAUGCAUUUGCCUGUAAUAAUAUUGGCGAAUCGAUCUUAUUCUGCACGUGAAAUUUCUUCAACGCAGUUGGCCUGCCAACUGGAAGAAGCUAAGGAUCUUUUAAAGAAAGCACUGACUAUGCUUCUUUUGGAACCGCCGACUACGCCAGAAGGGAAAUUAGCUAAAAGAGCACUGGAAGAAUUACGGACGUUAAAUCAGAACAUAAACGAUGUUAAAUCCUUACCGUUGGAAGAGCCUAAAGUCCAUAUGCGUAGAGCGAGAGAACAUCGUAAAAAAAUCAAAUGACAUCUCAUCUCAUAUAUUUCUGAACUUAUACAUACACGGAGAAAAUUUUAUGUUAAAUUUUACUAUGCUGCCGCACCAACUGCGGACCAUCAAGACGCCCAAGUUUAAAUGCUAUAGUCUUGUGUAAAAUUACUAUGUUCAUAGCAUUUAGUGAUACGAUCAUAGCAUUAUUAUAGCAUUGAAUGCUAUGAUCGUAGCAUUAAAUGCUAUGGACAUAGUAAUUUUAAUUUUACACAAGACUAUAGCAUUUAAACUUGGGCGUCUUGAUGGUCCGCAGUUGGUGCGGCAGCAUAGUAAAAUUUAACAUAAAAUUUUCUCCGUGUAUUAAUACGAAAAAUGGUUUAAUUUUCCUUGUAAAAAAAGCAAUAACGGAAUAAUAUAUUAUGCAUGGAAAUUAAAUAAACAAAAAAAUUUGUUUACCUUUAAAUUUAAUAUUAAUUUUGUCUUUAUUCUCUAAUAACAUCAAAAGAAGAUGAAUAAGCCAAUUAAUACACCUUUAUAUAUGGAGGGGUAAAAGCCAUAGUGGUGUAAGUCAAAUUUUUUAAAAUAUUGACUUGUGUUCAUAGAUGCAAUUUAUAUAUUGUAUAGAUUGCAUCUAUGCACACACGAGUUAAUAUUUUUAAAAAUUUGACUUACAUCACUAUAGCUUUUACCCUUCCUUAUAAAAAAUCAAGUACAGUCGUAAACAAAAAAUUGCAUAGCUUAAUAAGAACAAAAACUAUUACAAAUGUUUUGGAAGAACUACGACCAUAAGACGAAUGAAAAACAUAAUUUAAAAAUGUAAUUUAAAUAUUUCACUUAACAAUUUUCUUCUUUGGAAA